UUAUCUUUCACAUUGUAAAAAAAAAAAAAAUCUGUAUCCUUUUCAUUUAUUAAAAUAAAAUAAAAUGAAAUUUACAAAGUUUUUAAUUACAAUUAUUUUCAUAAUUAUUAAAUUAAAACAAUUGGAUGGACAUGGCGCUCUAAUGGAUCCCGUGAAUAGAAAAAGCGCAUGGAGAAAAGGUUUUCCCACACCAGAAGAAUAUACGGACAAUGAAAAUUUUUGCGGUGGUAGAGAUGUUCAACAUUUGAUAAAUAAUGGUAAAUGUGGAAUAUGUGGCGAUGAUUAUCGAUUACCAAUUCCGAGACCAAGUGAAAAUACUGGAGAAUAUGGACUUGGAAUUAUUGUUCAAACUUAUUAUUCGGGCGAAGUGAUAAAUACAAUAACAAAUCUCACAGCUUCGCAUAAAGGUGCUUUUAAAUUUUCUCUCUGUCCAUUGGAAACGUCAAAACAAUUGGAAAAAGAAGAAUGUUUCAUGCCACUAAAAUUAGCUGACGGCACAAAUCAAUAUGAAAUUGGAGAAAGUCCGGCAGGAAUUUUUCAAGCACAAGUUAAACUUCCCGAUCAAUUGACUUGCAAAAAUUGUGUUUUUCGAUGGGAAUACAUAACAGGAAACACUUGGGGUGAUUGCAAUGGUACAAGUGAGAAAAAUGAUUGCGCCCCUCAAGAAACAUUUCGAGGAUGUUCGGAUAUUACUGUUAUAUAGAAAAAAAAAAAUUUCUUUUAGAAAAAAAUUUAUUAACUGCAAUUAUAAUUUUUAUAUUACUAUUUUUAAAAUAAAAAAAAAAAAUUUUUUUAAU